UUGUCUCUGUAUCCUGUUUCAGUAGCAGCGAGAGUGCUAGAAGGGAGAGGCGAAUGCAGUUAGCCUUUGUUGUCAUGUUUUCCAAUGGGAGAUGUAGGCUUAUGAAGUCAGCUAGCUAACGGGACUUCAGCUAACUACCGGUGCAGCCUGCUGUGUUACUAGACAGACUGGCUUUAUGUGUUCCGUAUAGGUACUUUGUCAUAACUGCUCGUCUGUGUCUGCGGGGGAGAAAGAGGGAGAGAGGGGGAGGGAGGGAGAAAGAGUCGGUGUUCUGUCGGGGACAGGAGGGAGGAUGAUAGCGUCGCUGUCUAAAAGCAGUCUGUUGGACGAUGUUCUCCAGGAGGGCUUCAAUGAGCAGCAGCUUUCAGCCUAUGUAUCGUGGGUGAACAACCAGCUGAGGAAGAGACCUGGACUGAAGCCUGUCUCAGAUCUCAGACUGGACCUUCAGGACGGAGUGGUGUUAACACACCUCGUGGAGAUUGUUGCGGGGGAGGUGUUGGAGGGGGUGUACGACGCGCCGAAGGACAGAGAGGAGAGCAGGCAAAAUGUGGAGAGAGUGCUCAGCUUCAUCUGCUCCAAACAGAUACGAAUGCCCCAGACCUCUGCUCAGGAUAUUGUGGAAGGUAAUCUGAAAUCGGUGAUGAGGUUGAUUCUGGCGCUGGCCGCCCACUUCAAGCCUUCAGCCAAUCAGAGAGCUGUGCCUGGCAGUAGAUGGGGUGUAGCCAGGGCAGCCAACCACAGAACACUGUCUACCGUUGCCAUGGCACAGAAUGCAGCAGCAGCACUGGCAGCAGCACGACACGAUGCAGAGAGGCCUGUUAGACACACACCCCUCCGCAGUGGUUGGGGUGUGUGUGUUGAUGAGGAUGGAGGUGUGUGUGUCCGUGCUCUGGUUCAACAGUACGAAAGACGACCACCAGAUGCCACAGAUACAACAUCCAGCAGUUCUCCCAGAGCCCCGCCCACCAGCCAAUCAGAUGACAGAGAGCUGAAGGACAACCAACAAGAGAGUAGCAGUAAGACACAUACAUCUGAGGAUGCCUGGGCGAUCUCCAUGACAGGAAGUUUGGAGAGAGAGAUGCAAGAAACCAGACGAAUGGUCUCAGCACUGCAGGCUCUGCUACUCCAUGGAUCUCUGCCUGAGGAUGAACAAGAGGAGUUCAGUCUGACUCUGGGGGAAGACAAUGCCCAACAACAACUGGUGGUAAUCCGUAGCUGUUUAGACCAGAGCAUGGAGGAGACUCAGGAACUGAAGAGGGAGCUGCUGCGUUGUAAACAGGAGUUAAGAAACCUGCAAGGAGUCAAGGAUGCACAGCAGCAGAGGUUGUGUGUCCAGGAGGAGUGUGUGUUGCAGCUGAAACAGGAGCUGCUCAGAGCCGGCAUGAACCAGGACCAACUCACCAGCAUCAGUGCAGAGUUACAGAGGAAGCUGGAAGACAGGAACAGGAUGCUGAAUGAGUGCAAGAAAGAACUUGGACAGAAGGACAAACUACUACAGCAGCAGAAACACAAACUGGAGGAGAAUCAACAGCAGAAGGCUGUCUUGCAGAGGGAGCUAGAGAGUAAAGACAACAUUCUGAAGGAGAUGAUGAAUCAUCACGGUGACCAGUCCCGGCCCCACCUUACAGGACACACCCAGCAGCCCCCUGGCCUCUCCUCUCUCUCUGGAGCUGAAGAGCUACAGUUGGUGCGGUCAGCGUUGAGGAGUCUGAGAGGUGUUUUCAGAGAUCAGGAUCCACAGCAACACACACUGGACACCCUGGAGCAGGGCAUCGCAUCACUCACCGACAGACUGACACACACACAUCAGGAAAGAAGCAAGUCUUCAGGACACUGCAGAACUACACACACCCAACACCAAUCCUGGCCUCCUAGCAAGGUGGCCCCUUCCAGCAGUAGUCUGAGCUCAUCUGGUUCCACUAAGGUCCUCUACUUCACAGACCACUCACACACACCCUGCAUGAUCCACAUCAGCAAGAGGUUGGGGGAAGUUACUCUGAGAGACAUAAAGACAGCGCUGGACAGAGAUGACCACUACAGAUUCCACUUCAAAGCCCUCGAUCCUGAGUUUGGAACAGUUAAAGAAGAGGUGUUUGAGGAUGAGGCUGUGGUUCCUGGCUGGGAGGGAAAGAUAGUGGCCUGGGUGGAAGAAGACCAUGAAGAGGACAGGACCUAGCAAGGCACUGCUGAGGAACACAAUUUCUUACUUGAGCCCUGAGAACUGUGUAGGAAAGGCUGAUUUACAGUAAAAAUGGCUGAGUUAUAAUUUUACUGUAGUUUAUAAAGGACAGGCUGAUUUACAGUAUGAAUAACUGAGUUAUAAUGUUAUUGUAGUUUAUAAAGGACAGCUGAUAUACAGUAUAAAUGACUGAGUUAUAAUGUUACUGUAGUUUAUAAAGGACAGGCUGAUCUACAGUAUAAAUGACUGAGUUAUAAUGUUACUGUGCCUUAUGAAAGACAAACUGAUCUGUAGAAUGAAUGAUAGAUUAUGAGCACUGCUGAAUUUUCAUUGUUGAUAUUUUUUGUUAUUGUACAUUCCUGUUAAUAUUUCUAUUAAUUU